UAAUAACACCACCACUUCCAUGACUAAUGACAAUAACCCCUCCGAGACCUAUUAUGUCCCCCCAACACCGCCCAAUCCAAGACCUAGCCAAAGGACAUCUAAUUCCAAUCGUCAACGUAGAAAUGAUUCGACCUAUGACCCCAGAGAAGAUGAUGACUAUAACGUUAAUGAAGGCAGACCCUUGGAUAAUUUUUCUGAAGAAUAUUCAGAAUGGUGUGAGGAAAAUGAUUCCAAUGAGUAUGAGAAUCCUGGACAACGACAAGAAAGGCUAAAUCAAAAUUAA